GUAAAGUGUUUUUAGUUGCGCUUAAAUGUAAAUAUGAAGUGUGAAUCUCAGUGUGCAUGUGCCAAACAUACAAAAUACGCAAGACUAAGCAUAAGUGAAUUAAACGCCAAGUGACAAACGAUCGCAUUUUUUGUUUUGACAAAAAAAAAACCCAAACUGAAAUAAAAAACUGAAAGAAUGGAUGUUGAAAUACCUGUUUUAGCUGGAUAUCUUAAUGUUCCAACACAAACUGGAUUUUCGCUAAAUCGUAUCUCGAAAAAGAAAUCAUGCAGUCGCUAUUGCCUUUUGUUUAAAGCCAGUCGUCAUGGCAUUGCACGCCUUGAGCUCGGCGAGAAUAAAGAUGAUAAGAAUCCAAAAAUAUUUACGCUGGAAAAUUGUGUAAAGAUCACACAAGAAGCGCCGCCAGCUCAGCUAAUACAUAUUGUCAAACGGAAUGGACAGCUGACAUUGAAUACCAAUAGCGAUGAGGAGCUUAAGGAUUGGGUUACAGCACUACAAACCGUUGCCUUUUGCGAUAAUAGCGGUCUACAUGCAGCCCACGGUGCCAUCGAGGAGGAUAAUGAUCUAUAUUGCAGCUCAUUUGAUGGAUUGUUUAUAAUAACACUGAUACCAUCGGAGGCGUCGAUACGCUGCAACAUCGAACCGAAGACGUACAUGCUGCAAAUGACGCCAACGGAGCUGCAGCUGAAAUCGGAGGAUCUGAAUGUGACCAUAGCCAUGUGGCCAUAUCGCUUUAUACGCAAGUACGGCUAUCGCGAUGGCAAGUUUACGUUCGAGGCGGGACGCAAGUGCACCACAGGCGAGGGCGUCUUCACGCUGGAUCACACCAAUCCGCAGGAAGUCUUUCGCUGCAUGUCGGCCAAGAUGAAGUCGAUGAAGAAGCUCAUCAGCGGCGACAGCCUGAGCAGCAUCGAGUGUGGCGAGAAUCAGUUUAGCGCUGCCGCCUGCAUGGAGCCAGGCUCACGCAGUCCGCUGCCGCCGUCGCCAUCGAGCAACGCCGUCGUUGGAGAAUUCGAAAUCAAUUCUACCCAGAGCUGCAUUUCGCUGCAUGGCUUCAUCAGCAGCAACGACUCGCUCAACAACUUCUCAGCCAAUAGCAUUAACCUAAGCGUGCCCACCAAGCAUAUACCCAGCAAGCCGCCACGCAAGCUGCCAACAGCGCUGGACCAGCCGAGCAACUGCAACAACAGCAGCAGCAGCAAGUCCCAGCAGCAGCAACAACCAUGUGAUAAAUUUAAGCAUAUAGUAAAGUACGAACCCGUUGCCAUAACGACCUCGUCAACCUCGGAUGCCAAUAGCAAGAAUAAUGGCGGCGGAGGCUCUGCUGUUAUACUGAAGCCUUCGCCCUCACCAGAGCCACAGCUGCCGCCGCCGGAUUUGCCGCUGCGCAAUGAAAGCUGCAGCAAGCUGCCGCUGGAGCGUGACUACGAAUGCAUUGAGAACAUUACCGAGGCCUGGAAGACGCGCGGCGUGGGCGAUGUGCGUCAUUGUGAGCGCAUUCCCAGCGUCGCUGACAAUGAUUUUGUGCGUCAACGUUCGCUCAGCAAGCGCAAGGAGCAGCAGCAGCAGCAGAGCAGCAACAGCAGCCCAAAUACACCCAAAAUUAUAGACAUCGAUAUAGGCGAGGGCGCCGCUCCAGCUGCUGAGGCCAACUACGAUCGCUUGGAUUUUCUAUCGCCAAAUAAUAAGACUUCCAGUGGCUAUAAAACAAUUGUUAAUGUAACGCUGCCAAAUCGUUUGCGCUGCAGUCCACCGCCGCCAAAUGAGUAUGAGCUGAUAGCUAGUCCAGAUACCGAAAGUUUUCGCAAGGCCGACGAUAGUCACUUGGGCUAUGGCAUUUUGCGCAAAACCAGCAGCAACAACAAUAACAACAACAACAACAGUAGCAACAACAAUAAUAAUACACUGCCCGCCAAUAAUAAUAAUGCUGCUGCCACGCCCACCACAACGAACAAGAGCAUUGCAGAUGCUGCCGCCGCCGCCGCCGCCGCCAGUUUGGAUCAUCGCAGCUAUAAUGGACUCAACUAUACAAUUGUUAGCAAACCCAAGCGUGUCUAGUGGCGCCGCCAAAAUGACAGAGACAGAGACAGCACGAGAGAGAACACAGACAGCCAGCAACAAGAACAACAACAACAACCACAACACAUCGACAACAUUUAGCAACAGCCAUAAAUUUACUUUUGCAUUUAAAUCAACAAAUAUUCGAAUAGAAUUGAACAAGCAUUUUAUACUUUUUAGUAUACUUUUGUAUAAGAGUGAGAGCGCAAGAGAGAGAGAGAGAGAGAG